AUGCCCAAAGGCCCGAUAAUAAUUCAUUACACUAAUUUUUUUAUUUUGCAGGGUUCAAGAAGAAGACCAGUUCGAGCUACUCUUCACGUUAGCGGCGAUGGUCUUCGCGUAGUUGAAGACGAGACCAAGGGUCUCAUUGUGGAUCAGACAAUAGAAAAGGUGUCAUUCUGUGCUCCCGAUCGUAAUCACGAACGUGGAUUCAGUUACAUAUGUCGAGACGGCACAACGCGACGAUGGAUGUGUCAUGGCUUCUUGGCUCUCCGAGAAUCGGGAGAAAGACUGUCUCACGCGGUGGGCUGUGCAUUUGCCGUUUGUUUAGAACGAAAGCAGAAGAGAGACAAGGAAUGUUCGGUCACGAUGACGUUCGAUAAUAAGAAUUCGACAUUUACAAGGACGGGGUCGUUUAGACAGCAGGGAUUGACCGAAAGGUUGGAAAGAACGUCUGACGCACCCAAACCACCGCCCGUUAAUCCGUUUGCCAUAGAACGUCCCCAUGCCACACCUGGAAUGCUAGCAAGACAAGGAAGUUGUAGGGGAUUUAGUACCAUUGGACAAAGUUCGCCGUUUAAACGUCAAAUGUCUCUGAGGGUAAACGAUUUACCGAGCAACACGGAAAGACUGAACGCUUUCCUUGCCGCAGCCAACUCGAAUAGUAUAAAGACACCAACGAACGGGAAGCAAGUGUCACCCAUUCCCGAAAUAUCGCCUGGGGAUUCCGUGACGGCGCUCUGCCAACAGUUGUCCCAAGGACUUAGUCAGUUGACCAACAGCAAUUCAGACGAUUUCAAUUUCAACAACAACGUGUCCGUUAAUCAAAAUCAGAACAACAAAAAUAACUUGACCCUUACGAUAAGCAAUACGACGGUGAGUUUUAACCAUUCUCCGUUAUCAUCACCAACAGGUUCGAGUGUCCCGAUCAGGACGAGCUUGCGGGGAUCGGUUAACUCGUCACCGGCCAUGGAUUCGACCAAGUCCGCGUCUCCUAUCAACUUAAAUAUGACACCCGUGCUCAAUCAAACGUUUACAACAGCUAAAAAUUCUUCUGUCCAUGGAACGUCAACUUUCAUAUCAAACGAAAGGAACAAUUCGAGUAUCAAUGGAACAAAUACCUUUAAUACGAACGAAGGUUUCAUGAAAACCAACGACGAAUUCGGUGGACCGUUCGAUUCGAAACAAAAACUGAACGAAAACGCUGCACCACCCGCGCCGACUAAUGAAGUUUUACCGAAACCAGAUCAGUGGUUAGGAAAAAUAGUUAAUUCAACAGCUCCUCCGAAGAAAGUGGAUGGCACGAGUCCAAGGAAAGCGUUCAUAUCGUCGCAUUCGCGAGCGUUUUCGUUGGAUUCGGGCGAAAAUUACCAUUAUUCUCAUUCUUUGAAAUCGCCGGAUCCUUUCGAUGCCGAAUGGGCAGCACUUGCCGCCAGGCAGAACAAAAAUGGCACAAAUCCGUUCCUUACAAGUAACACUAAACCUCAAGCAUUCCAAGUUCAGCUUUAGUAGUAAUUAAAUAAACGGUUUGAAGAAAUUAUUGGCAAGAAAAUCCUAUGGGAUUGUUUACUUGUCGUUCGUUAUGUCCCACGUAGAACAACAGAGCAAAAAGGCAACUUACAAAAAUGAUACAAAAAGGUUUGCAAAUUGAAUGGUGCUAAACAAGGAUAUUGGUCACGUCUACUGUUUUGGUGUGAAUAAUUGGGAAGGUUACCUUACCAUAAAAAAAAAAUUAAUCAUAACAACGAUCUCUUAACGUCUGUUUUACAUUUACACACACACAUAUAUCUACAUAUGAAAACAUGCUAAAUUUAAGUAAGUGUUGCAAAAACGAAAAAGUAUUAGAGGCAAACUUUGAAAUGUGUACUUAAAUUACGAAUUUCGUCGUGUAACAUGUACCUUUGCAUUUUUAACUUAAACGAAAAAACAUUGAUCUACUUUCUAGUAUUUUAUGGAUUCUGUGAUAGCUCUGUGUACUUACAAUUACAUAGUCAAAAAUAAAAAUAAAAUCAGAGAGGCAAAAAAUGAAAUGUUCACAUUGGAAUAGUUUUUUCACUGUCGCAAACAAGUUAGUGGGGUACUACACAAUUCUCAAUUCAAAUUAGUCGAAUAUCGUUAUUAAUAAUAAUAAAAUGUGGUGAGGUGCCCAGGUACAAUUUCGUUAUUUCAGACAGGGUAAGUGAGUUUUUUAGGGAGUACUUUUGCUGAAAUUCUUUCGCCAUUUUGAACCCAUCAGAUGGAUCCAAAGUGGCGGACGAGAGAAUACCUGUCCUUUAUAGAAAAUUACUUUUGGGAUACCCUCAGAAUAUUAAUUCGAAUAGGCGCUUAAUUUUAUUUAUCUUCAAAUUCACGUUUUUCGAAUAGUUUUAAUAGAAAAUUGAAUAUUCGAAUUUUUGAGGUUAUGGUCCUUUUGGCCCAUAAGAUACCGCGUGAAAGUAGAUCUCUAAUUCAUGGCAAUGUUUUUUACAAAAAUCAAUACAUAUCUAAAAUUAACAAUCCUUUAAACAUAAUUUUUGGAAGGGGUACAUUCUUGGCUCAUGUUUUAUGCACUGUAACUUCUAAAAUGUUAAUUUCAGAGAAAAAUGUUUUUAAUGAGAUGAACAGAGAAUUCAAUUGUCUGCUACCCAAAUUAAGACCAUUUUUGUCGUAACGUGAAUCGUUUAUGAGAUAUAUUUGUGAAAUGUAAAUUUUGACUAAACGUGACAACCUUAAAAUCAUUUAAAUUGUGACGCCAAUUUGGACUUACAGUUGAGAUACCCAGGAUUAUUCUAAAAGCACCUUUUUAAACAAAUAACUUACCCUUUAUUAUGCAUUUUGGUUCCCCUUAUUAUUAUCUGGGCACCACCAUAAUAAACAAUUCUGAAAUUAGCGUAAUGAGUUGAUUUGUGUGGAUGAAGCCUAGAUUAGAAAAUUAUAGAAAAUGCUUUACAGAUAGGACAGUACUUAAUAAAAUAGUACAAUAUAUCAUUGAAAACGUUUGAUUUGUUAAUAGGUUCGCAAUAAUAAUAACUGUUGAAAUGAAUUAAUUGAGGGUUCGAUUUGAAAUUAUUGCAUACGGAAUAAGAAUGACUUGGUUUUUUUUCUGUUAAAAAUUCUAAAUUGCAGUAAAAGGUAAGUGAUUUUUUCCAGA